AUGCCCAACUCACCUGCAACCUCAUUGACCUCGACCCUGACAGGCGCCCCUGCUCCCGACGUCGAAAGCCAAAAGCCUGCUUCACACGCCAAAGUGCCGCAUUGGCGCCUCGUGGCGAGCCAGACGCUCAUCACAGAGGCAGUCUUGAAAUACCCCUACAAAGGCUCCGGCACGGAAGAUGAUCCUUACAUCGUCGAGUUCAUCCCCGACGACCCUCGCAACCCUAUGAACUGGCCGGACUGGAAGAAAUGGUGUCUCACCAUGACGGUGGCGUUCGCAGCCCUGGCUGUGGCGUUCGUGAGCACGGCGUACACGGCCAGCAUAGUGCAACUCAACGAGGAGUUCAGAAGCAGUCAAGAGGUCGCAACCCUCGGCGUGUCUCUUUUCGUGCUCGGAUUCUCGAUCGGGCCCCUCCUGUGGGCGCCGCUCAGUGAGUUAUGGGGACGCCAGGUUCUCUUCUUUUCCACCUACGCCCUCCUGACCGCAUUCAACGCCGGCGCGGCGGGGGCAAAUUCCAUGGCGUCUCUGAUCGUCAUGCGGUUCCUGGCCGGCACGUUUGGCGCCUCACCACUGACCAACGCCGGCGGUGUGGUUGCUGAUAUCUUCCCGGCCAAGCAACGCGGCCUGGGCAUGUCCAUCUUCGCCUCAGCACCGUUCUUGGGUCCGUGCAUAGGCCCCAUCGUCGGCGGGUUCGUCUCGCAGUCGAUCGGCUGGCGCUGGGUGGAGGGCGUGAUGGCCAUCUUCACCGGCGUGCUCUGGAUCAUCGGCAGCCUCGUGGUGCCUGAGACCUACGCCCCCGUCAUCCUCUCCCGGCGCGCGAAGGCUCUGACCGCCCGAACCGGCAAAUCGUACAUUUCGACCGUGGAAAAACGACAGGGCAAAGUCACUCCGCGGGCGGCGUUCGAGACAGCCCUCCUGCGGCCCUGGAUACUGAUGUUUCUGGAGCCCAUCGUCCUGCUGAUCUCGAUCUACAUGGCCAUCCUGUACGGGACGCUGUACAUGCUCUUCGGGGCCUUCCCGAUCGUCUUCGGACGGGACCGCGGCUGGUCACAGGGCAUCAGCGGCCUGGCCUUCAUCGGCGUUGCGGUCGGCAUGACCCUGGGAGUCAUCUACGCCAUCGUCGACAACAAGCGGUACGCGCGCGUCGAACAGGAACACAAGGGAGAUGCACCGCCCGAGUCGCGCCUCCCGCCCGCCCUGGUCGGCGCCGUCGCCAUCCCGAUCGGCAUGUUCUGGUUCGCGUGGACGAACUUCCCCUCGAUCCACUGGAUCGUGUGCAUCAUCGCGUCCGCGCCGUUCGGCUUCGGCGUCGUGCUCGUGUUCCUGGCCUGCGUCAACUACCUGAUCGACGCGUACGUCAUCUACGCGGCCAGCGUGCUCGCCGCGAGCAGCAUGCUGCGCUCCCUCUUCGGCGCCAUCUUCCCUUUGUUCACCGUCCAGAUGUACAACAACCUCGGCAUCCACUGGGCGAGCACCAUCCCGGCGUUCCUGGCGCUGGCCUGCGCCCCCUUUCCCUUCAUCUUCUACAAGUACGGCGAGGGCAUACGCAUGAAAUGUAAAUACGCCGCCCAAGCCCACGACGUCAUGCAGCAGAUCAGGCAGAGCAGGAAGAGAGAGGAGGAGCAGCAGCAGCAGGAGGAGCAACGACGUGCAGAGCAAGCAGGAAAUCAAGAAGAGGUUGAGAAACAAAUGCACAUGCGAGAUGAGAAUGGAGAAGGGGACGACCAAGCCGAGACCAAGGCAGACCACAGUCAGAGGGAGGACGACGAGAUCAUGGUCGAAAAGGACAAGGUCGAGAACCGGGCUUGA